AUGCUUCUCUCUGAUAUUUCGCCCGCAUUGGACUCCGAUUCCCUUCAGAAAUCAUUCUGUGCCAUCAGUGGCCUCGGGUUCGGCAGUUUUGGGUUCGCCAUAUUGGCCAAGUCCAAGAAGAGCUUGUGUAUGUAUCUUUUGAAUAAUCUGCGUAAGAAAGGCACUAUGUUGGAGCCCGUGGCAAGGAAACAUAGCUCGAACUUGUAUGCCAACGGGCUCGUAGCUAUCAAGGUCAUGAAAUCCGUGUUCAAUAAGCCUUCCGACUAUCUACGCGUCAACGAGAUCAAGUUCAUUCUCUCCGUUCCCUCACACGAGAAUUUGCUCCAGAUUUUCAAUCUCUUCAUUGACAAAUACAACGGUAGACUUAACAUAGUAAUGGAGCCCAUGGAUCAGAACCUCUAUCAAUUCAUCCAGAAGAAUCAGGACCGUCCAAUCCCCAAAUGGAUCAUUAAGAGCAUUUUGGCCCAGCUUUUGAAUGCUAUCCGCCAUAUUCAUGCCAAUGGCUUCUUCCAUCGUGAUGUCAAGCCAGAAAAUAUCUUGGUGUCGUUGUCAAGCAAUUAUUAUGGGGGAAGACUGAUGAUUCCUCCUGACAGGGAGAAGGAUCUCUACGUGGUGAAACUUUGUGACUAUGGACUUGCUCGUCACUCCUCGAAUAUGCGGGAUCUCACCCCCUACGUCUCCACACGUUGGUACCGGGCACCCGAGAUUCUAUUGCGCCUGCAGAAUUACUCAUUCCCAAUUGAUAUUUGGGCGUUUGGAUGUGUGGCUGUAGAAUUGGCUAAUCGAUAUCCAUUGUUUUGCGGCAAGAAUGAAUCUGAACAGCUUUGGGAGAUUCUUAAGGUUCUCGGACAUCCAUUGAAUCCCACGAAAGACGAUAUUGGGGGAAAAUGGUCUGAGGGAGUAUACUUGGCUAAUGACCUCGGUUUCGUGCUACCGUUCACCUUGAGUUGCUCCAUAAGCGAUAUCUUAUCGCCCAAUCAUAAUGGCGAUUUGGGUGACGCAAUCAAAUCUUGCUUUUUGUGGGAUCCAACUUUGCGUCCAACAGCAAUUGAUUUGUGCAAGAAAGAAUUCUUUCACGACUCAAUUUUGUCUCAAGAAGCAGCUAUAGGGCUGACAGCUAAUCUGUCACUACAUAUUAUUGACUCCGAUUUUGAGUCAAAUUUGAACUAUGUUGAAGAUUGCCGAAGCGAGGGUACUUUUGGCCAUGGCCACAGUUACAAUCAUAUUGUCCAGGAUGUUUAUAGUGAUCCGAUUGUUCCAUUACAUGCUGAUGAAUUCACAUACAACAGUUCUAAAAACGAAAUGGAGGGUACACUCGAGGCCAGUUAUUUCGAGAAGUUCACUACAUUAGGCGACGACUUAAUACCAGAUAAACUGACUCAAACAGAAGAACAGUUGGUGAGACUCUUCGAAGUCGACUCAAUAAGCGAUAGUGACUCACUCCAGAAUUCAAUCCGUGGCCUGCUGGGAAACCUCAAAAUAUCUCCUGUGGUCAGUUGA